AAAAAUGUCCAAACAACAACAAAAAUAUCUUCCAGCUUUAAAAGAAAUUAAUAAUUUCAAAAGAAAAUUGAAAGAAGAAAAAGAACAAGAAAUUAAUUCAAUCCAGAGAUCUCACGAAAAUGUUUUGAAGAAAUACAAAAAUGAUUUAUUUAGCUGCCGUAAGCAAUUGAAAGAGACACAAGAUAAACUGGCUGAUGCUUUCUGGGGUGACAACGAGAAUAUUAUGGAAAUUAAUAAGAAUGGGAGCGAUAAAGCUUGUUGUUCUAAUGUUGGGUCUAAAGUGGAUGCUCCUACUCAGACUGAUUGUGAAAAGAAAAAGAAACGUUCUAGAGGCAAGCACCUUGGCAGAAGAGAACGAAAUUCCAAUAAAUUUAUGAAUGGUAAGAAGGAUGGACAAGGAAAAAAGUGAUUUUUUUUAAUUUUUGAGGGAGAAUUUGAAUUUUUGAGAGAAUAAACCCAACAAGACUGUAACGGGCUGAGAAAAAAAAGUCGGGGCUCUUUGAAAAUUUCAAAGGAAAAGUUCGAGUUUCGGACAAAUUUUUUCGGAAGCGAGGGGGAAUAAUGUUUGGUUCUGAAGACGCUAAAAAAUUUUUAUUUCUGCGGCGCUGGCGAAAAUUUUGAGAAUUUUUUGAAGGCCUUAGGCCGGCGCUG